AUGCUUUUCUUCUUGGUUCUAUCGACGCCAGCCGCCGAGGACGCCGAGGGAGGCCUGGAGCUGCCGGGUCGCGAGGCGAAGAUGGCGCCCAGGGACCUGAGGGACGGGAAGGGCCUCCUGGGGCGCAAGGACCUAGAGGGGACCCGGGAGAGCGGGGAGAACAAGGACUCCAAGGAGAUCCAGGGCAACAAGGAGAACAGGGCCCUGAAGGACCCCAAGGGGAUCCAGGGCAGCAGGGAGGUCGGGGCCCUCCUGGGACGGAUGGCACGCCGGGAGCCGAUGGCGCUCAAGGUCCCAGAGGACGUAGAGGUCGCCGAGGACGUCGAGGACGCAGAGGAGAUCCGGGCGAACCGGGAGCUGAUGGCGCUGUAG